AUGUCCGGCGAAGAUAAAUCUCUUGCUGAACGCAUCGAGUUCCCUACCAUUCCUGAGGAUGCUCGAAGCAAGAUCUCCCAUGUCCAGGAGGAGCUUGAGCGGGCUGAGCUUGAGCAGUUGCGCAAAUCUGUCCCUCUGUUCGCUCCUAUCUUCAAGAAGCGUGAGGAGAUCAUCUCCCUGCCUAGCGUGAAGCCCGACUUCUGGUCUCGCGUUUUCUCGGCCGCCCCCUCCGAGAUCGAAGAGUACAUCUUGGAAGCAGACGCCGAGAUUCUCUCCGAGAGCCUCCGAAAUGUCCUGGUGGAGCGCUUCGAAGUGGACGCCGAGGGCAACGGCGAGCCCCGUAGCUUGCGCUUCACUUUCGAAUUCGACCCCGAGAACAACGAGUACUUUGACAACGCCAAGCUGGUCAAGGAGUUCUACUGGCGCAAGCAAGUUCAGAAGACCGCCAAGGGCAAGCGUCGCGCGUGGGAGGGUCUCGUCUCCGACCCCGUCCGCAUCAACUGGAAGAGCCCCGAAUUCGACCCCACUCACGGUCUGCUCGAUGCCGCCUGCGAUCUGUUCGAGGCCGAGAAGAAGGGUGGCAAGCGCUCUGAUCUGCCCGAAUAUGAGGCUCUGGUGAAGAAGCUCGAGGUCGCCGAAGCCGAGGCCAUGAAGGGGGCUGAUGAGAUGGAGGACGAGGAGUGCCAGCUUCUUCUCCUUCUUUGCCUACCGUGGUCGCGCGUCUCCGCCGAGCAGAACGAGCAGGCUGUCAAGGAGGACGAGGAGCGCUGGGCAAAGAUUGCCAAGGGCGAGGAGGUUCCUGAAGAUGAUGAUGAGGACGAGGAUGACGACGAGGAGGACUUUGACCUGGUCGAUGACCUCGAGGAGGCUGAGGUCUUCCCCGGUGGCGAGGACCUGGCCAUCGCCAUCGCUGAGGACCUCUGGACCAACGCUCUGAAGUACUACGCCGAGUCCUUCCAGCCUUCUUUUGACUUUGAUGAUGAUGACUUUGAGGACCUCGAGGGCAUGGAUGAGGAUGAGGACGAGGACGAGGCUGACGAGGGUGAGGAUCAGCCUCCUGCCAAGAAGGCUCGCAACUAG